ACCAUGACAACCAGUAAACAACGGCCGCCUUCUCUGAGCUAAAAGAGGAUGAGUGUACGCACCUACAAUCCUAGCGUCCGCGUUGGGAACUGGAAUGAAGAUCUGUGCCUAGAAGAGGAGCAACUGAAGGACUUUCUGGAGAAGAAAGACAGGGGAGAGCUGACGGUGCAGAAAAAGACAAAUUUCCUCAAGACUAUCCUCAGAAAUGUUGAACUGUCUAAACCCAGUGAUGGUUACCUCCAUAUCGGUGACAGAGUCUGUCUGUUGCACACGCCGACAAAGACGGUGGUGUCCGCCCACGUCACAUCGGCCAGGGCUUUUGACGCCACUCGACUGGAGAGCGGAUGUGGGGUGACUUGCUCUCGGCAGCUCACUCCAUGCCCACGAAAUGUCUUCGUCAUUACGAGUUAUGGUGAAUCAGAGGCAAAAGAGGGUGAAGUAGUGUGCUACGGCCAACCAGUGGCUCUUGUGACACUUCCCGACGAAGGUGGACAGCUUGGUCUGCACAGUGAUAGAGCCACAUUCACCAAACACUCGCGGUUCUCUCGAGAGCAGGAGGUUCUACUCGAGGAAGACAUCAGCUACAACUCUGCUUGGAAGUUUAUAUGUUUCAGUCAAGAUGAAAGGCUUGAAACAGAAGGAACUCCUGUACCCGUGAGUAGGCUUGAACGUGGUUUACAUUAUACCCAUGGUGUAUAUACGUACGUAUGCACCCUUUCUUUCCACUGCUGUGUAUAUACAUUACAAAGGCCAAUACCAGAGUGUUCCUCAACCACUGCAAGACAAACCACAACCUGGCAGUACACGAAGAGUGGACUUACAAGACUCCAUUUGGAAGAGAGCUAGAGGUGACAGGACACACCCACCUCAACACACACAAGGCAGAGGACGUCCACAACCAUUUCAUGGUGGUCACAGGCAGUCUGGAGGACGCAGUCGCCUCGCUCUCUCCCUCUUCUUGAGAUCUUUACUCCGUAACCUCUUCCAACAUUGUAUACUAGUGUACCUGGAUACAUACAGUAUAUAUAUGCUACGGGAAUUGUGUUCUAUUUUCAUUCUAUAAAGAGCCACAUUGUACAACAUAACACUGUUGCAUGCUGCAUUAGAAAAAAACAUAAAAGUUAUAACGAAUCACUGCUGCAUUGGUAUAUAUUCCAAAAAACAUAAGUAUGUCUUUUAAGAUGGUUUAUCUUGAAUGGAGCACUUCUUCUUCUUUGGACAGUAGCAACAUGCCCUACAGAGGAAAUUGUAAGGUUGGGAUGACGUGAUAUUAUAGGUGGACAGAGAAAGAGUGGGAGCGAGAUAAUAACAACGAAAGGUUGAAGGGGAAAAGAAUAAAGUUUUAAGCGAGAGAGGCGGGAAAGACGAAAGGUUGAAUUUAGCAAAA